AUGGCCAGUAACGAAGCCGAUGUCCCGGCAGACUUUUUCGACAUUGACUCGUUGCUAUCUCGUUCAACAAAAGUCGCAUGCACAUUCAGCAGCAACACUCCAAGAGAAGUGUACGAGUUGCUUGGCACUAACGCACCUCACUACACAGAUGAGAAAGGAUACAAAGUGCUGACUCCAUUCUGGUUCACACGGGUUCUUGAGCCAUUUUCUUCGAUUUGGUUAUAUACUUCAGGCAGAUUCUUUACAAUCAUAUACGAACAGUUAUUGUGUAUUGCCUACAAUCCAAAUGUUCGGAGCGUACUAUUGGCUAAUGCAGCUCACGCUGAUCUAGAAGCCCUUCAGCCAUACUACUAUGAAAUGGGAAUGCAUUUUUGUCAUUCAGUGUCAAUUGGCGAAAGUGUUAGUCUUGCCUUGGCGGAGUGUUUGCUAAAGGCUUUUGUCCAGCGUAUUGGAGGAAUUGUGCUCAGAAUGUAUCGUGACAACGAAACUCCCAAGAAAAUCGAUAAUCUUGAGAAGAAGUUAUAUGAGGAAAGUGUGAAGUGUCGUAAUAAUUUACACGAAUACAUUCGCGCACAACAAACAAGCAGAAAUCGCAAGCGUCGAUUGGAGUAG